AUGGCCGUGCAAAUUUCCAAGAAGAGGAAGUUUGUCGCUGAUGGCAUCUUCAAAGCUGAACUGAACGAGUUUCUCACUCGGGAGCUGGCUGAAGAUGGGUACUCUGGAGUUGAGGUCCGAGUUAAACCAACCAGGACAGAAAUCAUUAUCUUGGCCACCAGGACACAGAAUGUACUUGAUGAGAAGGGCCGGCGGAUCCAGGAGUUGACUGCUGUGGUUCAGAAGAGAUUUGGCUUCCCUGAAGGCAGUGUAGAGCUUUACGCUGAAAAGGUAGCCACAAGAGGACUGUGUGCCAUUGCCCAGGCAGAAUCUCUGCGUUACAAGCUCCUAGGAGGCCUUGCUGUGCGGAGGGCCUGA